AUGGCAAAUAAGCAAUCACUCCCUCGUGCGGAACCCGAGAGCGCUAAAAGAAUCUCGAAGCUUUCGGGCUCCGUCGGCUCGAACUCGCAGAAUAGUCACUAUGAAGCUCUCGAACCUUCUUCCUCUGGCGGCAACUGUCGGUGCCUCCUGCAUUCGGGGUACUUCCCUUCUCCCCCGCGCUGCCGAUGGCUGGUGGCCAUCAACUCCUACAACUACACCAACCUGGGGGGGCCCUUGACCUGGUAUGGUUUGAACAACGAGACCAACGCCGCCUGUUCCCAGGGCAAGCACCAAUCUCCCAUCGACAUCGUCACCGCGGAGAUUGACUAUGUGCCCACUGGUAGCCUCAGGUUCAACAUCCCAGCCACUACAGCAGCCAAGUUUGAGAACCUGGGAUCCGGUCUGGAGGUCGUGUUGACCAACGGCACUCUCUCUGUGGGAAAUUCUACCCAAUACAAGUUGGCUCAGUUCCACUUCCACACCCCGAGCGAGCACCGCAUCAAUGAGGAGUAUUUCCCCUUGGAGAGCCACUUCGUCUUCGAGGACUCCGAGAGCAACAUCGCCGUUGUCGGGUUCCUCUUCCAGCUCUCCGAGACAGGUGUUUCCUUCCCCCUCUUCGACGCCGUCUUCGCCCACAUCGAUGACAUCGCCACCCCGGGCACCUUUACAGAAACCGGCCCUCUGGACUUCGCUGGGCUGACUGCGCACCUCGACAGCCACGGGAUCUACCAAUAUGACGGCUCCCUCACCCCCCCCCCCUUGCAGCGAGGGAGUUGCCUGAGCUACAACAAGGUCAAGCAGAUCCUGAAGUUCAAUGCCCGUUACACGCAGACUGCUCUGGGGGCGGACAACCUGCUGGAGGUGGCUGCACAUGAACUCUAUUAG